CUAUGCUAACAUGUACAGCAUCUUAUCCUACGCGUCCUAUAAAAUCAUAAUCCACGGCCCAUAAUUUAUUUGUUUUCUUCACAAAGAUUUUUCUCUUAUAUUUAGAACCAACGAAAAAGUAAAUUCCAGAGCAAAAUUGACUUUGAUCAAAGUAGGAGAUAACAUGGAGGACCCUCAGAGCAUACACAAUAUAUCAGUCAUAUGGAGGGGAAAGAAGUUUACUGUGCAGAUGAAUCCGAGUGCCACUCUCAAGGAUCUUGGCCAUGAAAUGCAAAAGUUGACUCAUAUUAAAACAGAUACUAUGCGGUUUAUUGUUCCACAGUUCUCGAACAAAAGCUCACAAUUGCUAACUCCAUUUUCGAAUGAGCAUGAACGGUUGAGUUUACAAGAAACUUAUGUAAUUCAGGGAAAACCCAUUAGAAUGAUGGGUGUGUCUGAAAAUGAGGUUGAAGAAGUUUUACAAGGAACUAAAGGAAACUGGAAGAUAGCUGGAUUUGAUGAAGAGGAAAAAAGACUGAGGCAGCGCAUUUUGAAUAGGCAUCAGUUUUCAGUACAACUUCCUGCAGGACCUUAUAUCUUCUGUGAUUUUCGAACACUUCAAUUGCCAGGAAUAGAGUUGAACCCUCCUGCAUCAGAGGCAUUAAAAAGAAUGCACAUGCUUGCUGCAGAUCCUGGAAUUGUUGCCAUCAUGAACAAGCAUCGCUGGCGUGUGGGGAUUAUGACUGAGAUGGCUCCUGUUGGUUAUGUGGGUAUAAGUCCAAAAUGUUUGCUUGGCUUUAACAAGAAUAAUGGAGAGGAGAUAUCUUUACGACUUCGAACUGAUGAUCUGAAGGGUUUUAGAAAGUAUGAGAGUAUCAAGAAAACUCUUCUCCAUGAACUUGCUCACAUGGUAUACUCCGAACAUGAUGCAAACUUUUUUAACCUGAAUAAACAGCUUAACCAAGAAGCUGAUAGCUUAGAUUGGACAAGAUCUAGAAGUCACACCUUGAGUGGAGUGAGGCAUUCUGACCAUUUUGAAGAAGAAGAGUUUUAUGAUGAAAAAGGUUUUCAUUUUUCCCAAAAGCUUGGAGGAAAUGUUUCAGAUCAGUUGGAAAGUGCUCGCAUGGCCGCAGUGGCUGCUGCUUAUCGCCGUAUAGAAAAUGCUUCGACCGAUAGUUUUGGAAUAUCUGAAGUCCACGAAGAGCCAGAUCCUGAUGAUUCUUGUAGUUUGAAUGAGGUUCAUUCAAAACCUUAUCAGGAGCCUCACCCUGACGAUUCGGGCUAUCUGAACAUGUCUGAGCCUGAUCCUGAUGAUUCAGUCUGUCUGAACAAGUCUGAGCCUGAUCCUGAUGAAUCUGCCCAUCAGAACAAGUUUGAGCCCGAUCCUGAUGAUUCUGGCUAUCAGAACAAGUUUGAGCCUGAUCCUGAUGAUUCAGAAACUAGUUUGAAGCAUUGCAUUUUAGCUGAACGUGGAACUUUUCAUUGUAAGGAGAUGAAUAUUCAAGGACAGAAGAAUAUUUAUGAACCCGAUCCUGAUGAUUUGGAAGUGAAGAUGGAUAUCUUUGAGCAAGGAAACGUCAUGAGACCUGAAGAUAAUGUAUCUUUAAUUAGUAUGGAUUAUAUAAAAGCUGAUCCAAGUGAGUCUCAGGAAGAUGGUAUGAUGCUCGCAGAACCUGAUCCUGAUGAUAAUUUGGUGCAUCCAGUGGAACCAUCAAGAAUGCAAAUUGAUGAACCAGAUCCUGAUGAUGAAGAAUUACAAAGAAUUCAAGACCCUGUUGCAGCUCUUUGUGGUCGUUUGCAGAAGGCCAUUAAGGUGCUGCGGGCUGAGACCGACCCAACACAGGCUACUAUAGUCCUCCAAACUCUAUUUAAGAUAAUAAGCAAUGUGAUUGAACAUCCGGAAGAGAUUAAAUUCAGGAGACUGCGAAAGGCUAAUCCAAUAAUCAAAAGGAAUAUUGCAAACUACAAAGCUGCCAUAGAAAUUUUGGUUUUGAUUGGCUUCUACGAAGAUCUCGUGUCAGAUGAAAUGGGAAAGACAGAAACUUAUCUAGUGUUGAAGCGAAACGAUCCAGGCUUACUAUGGCUUGCCAAGUCAUGCCUUGAGCCAAGUCUUACAAGCUAGUGUCCCCCAAUAUUGAGAGGUGCAAAAUUAGAUGAAAGAAGAUUUGGAAGUUAUGCUGUGUGUCCUUUGCUUUUAAAUUAUAACGUGACUGUACAUUUGUUAUAUAUGAAACCAUUUGUGAAUAUUAACCAUAAGGGGCCUUCUCAGAUGCCUUAAAUGCUGCUGAUGACUACCCAUAGAUUUAUAAUUGUCGCAAAGGUCUUUUGUGGUAGCUUCGAAUGAAUGCAUUCUAUUUACUCCAGUGUAAUUGGGGGUUGAACGUUUAUGUUUA